UCAUCAGUUAGAAGCUCAUCCUCAACAUGUCUCCCAAGUUCAUCAUCAUUGCCGCCCUUGUGGCUGUGGCCCUCGCCCGCCCUGACCAGCCCCCAGCCUAUGGCUAUGCAGCCCCUACACCUGCUCCUGCACCUGCCAAGUACGACUUCAACUACGCCGUCAAGGACGAAUACUCCGGUAACGACUUCGGCCACCAGGAGGCUCGCGACGGUUAUGACACACAAGGAUCCUACUACGUUCAGCUUCCUGACGGCCGUCUGCAGAAGGUCACCUACACUGUCAACGGCGACUCUGGCUUCGUGGCCGAUGUCAGCUACGAGGGUGAGGCUCAGUACCCUGCCGAACAGCCUGCUUACAAGCCAGCCCCUUCAUAUGCUUAAAUAGAAAAUCUAGUUGGGUUAUAUUUAUUAAGGAAAGCCUCUACACUGUAUAUUUGUAAAUAAAUCAUGAAAAUUA